AUGAACAACGGUGCCAACCAGAACCCCAUCGCCAACCACCCGGCCGGCUUGAUGUUCAGAGGUGCCAAUGACAACAUGUAUGCGAUUGACCUCAAUGCUGGACUCGUCAUCGAAUUCGCCGCGAACAAUGGUAACAAUGCCAACAACGGCAAUGCAGUUGAGGGCCCGCUACUUCCAGAUGGACAUGCAGACCAACUUCUACCAAAUCUCGUCGCCAAUGAUAUCCCGCCGCCCGCUCCGCAACCCAAUCCCGUGGUCCAAGAACGCGCAGGUCUUCUCCCGCCCGCACUGGAAGCACUCCUCCACGAAGUCGAACUCGGGUUCGCCCAACCUGGGCCCCAUAUGGGACCAGCGCAGCAGCCCCAUCCACAACUCAACACCUUCCCGUCCGCCCACUACCACAUCCCCUCCGUCAUCUGGCCAUAUACCCCCAACGCUUCCAUGAUCGGCGAUAUCUUGAGCAGCUACUCAGCAGUCCCCCACCCGCAAACCAUCCGAUGGAAGAUCGAUGACGCAGACCAUCUCUCCUGUGCGAUCUGCCGUGAAGACUACAUCGAGAGGGAUGAGAUGGCGGUGCUGCCGUGCGGCGCGGGCAGAAGGGAUGGGGCGGAGCCAGGGUGUGAUGAGGAUGGCUAUCAUGUUGGGCAUAGAUUUCAUCUGGAGUGCUUGAGAAGGUAUUGGGCGGCGAGGCAGGCGGAGGGGGAGGUUCCUGAUGAGGAGGUGUAUAGGAUGAAGUGUCCGAUGUGCAGGCAGGGUUACCGAUGGACUCUGGACAGGGCUUAA